AUGUAUAUUUUUGUCAUCAGGGAGAGUCCAAGAUGUUUGUCGCGGGAGUCGUCCGGCGCGCCGCGAUGUCCCUCUAACGACUCGGUGUACUCGGGUCGGAGCGCGCCCAGCCUGCCCCUGCCAGCCGCGCUAUCAGCUGCACUGCCGGCAGCCCUGCCCGCAGCGCUGAUGCCACCCCACUCCGCUGCCGUCGCAGCCUAUCUCGGUGCAGCCGCUGCCGCAGCCCAGCAGCGGUUACUCAUGUCCUACCAGGAAGACAUUACGGACGCUGAAAGAGCGGAUGCCGUAUUAGACUUCAGCACUAAACGAAGCGAAUCCCCGGUCGACGACGAGGAGGAUGACGCCGUCAAUCUCACAAAGAAUGAAAAUGGUCCAUUAGACUUAUCUGUAGGUACUAGAAAAAGGGGACCAGAAGAUUCUCCAUCUCCCGUCCCGAGUAGAAAAAGUUCUCGUACUUCCGACUUCAAAGCUUUAUCGACACCUUGGUCUACACCGGUUGCACCUCAUCUUCCUUAUUUUGCUGCUGCCGUUGCUGCUGCAAGCUUAUCACCAAAAGGUGGAGUUCCAGCUGACUGGAAUGGUAAACUUAAACAUGGAGCACCUACACCAAGCGAUGCUACUAAAGCACUGGAAAAAAUGAGCGAAUUGAGCAGAUUAGGAGGAGAAGAACUUUUUAGAUCUGUUCAAAGUGCAGCUUUAGGUGCAGGUCUUACACCAAAUGCAGCUGCACGACAUUCAGCUUGGCAAUCUCAUUGGCUGAAUAAAGGAGCUGACCAAACAAAAGAUGUCCUGAAAUGUGUAUGGUGUAAGAAGAGCUUCAAUUCACUUGCUGACCUAACUGUUCACAUGAAGGAAGCUAAGCAUUGUGGAGUUAACGUUCCUGUACCUCCUUCAAGUGGAGCUCCGAUUCCUCCUUCACUACAGCCUCCAUCAAGUUCGCCUUCGACGCCAUCCCAUAAUUCGUCGUCCUCGAGUGGAUCGUCAAAACCAAAUCAUAAUGAUUUAAAUAUGCUUAUAAAAGAAAACAUGCCUAUUCCUAGAAAAUUAGUACGAGGGCAAGAUGUUUGGCUAGGAAAGGGUGCAGAGCAAACUAGACAAAUUCUAAAAUGCAUGUGGUGUGCAGAAAGCUUUCGUUCGUUAGCUGAAAUGACGAGUCAUAUGCAACGCACUCAGCAUUAUACUAAUAUUAUAUCACAGGAACAAAUAAUUUCCUGGAAAUCCUCAGAUGAAGCUAAAGGAUCUAACUCUAGCACCCCGGGUACAAAUAACGCUGUUCCUCCAACAACAGGAACGAGUAGCCAUGUUAGCGCGGUAUUAACUUGUAAGGUUUGCGACCAAGCGUUUAGUUCCUUAAAAGAGUUAAGCAAUCAUAUGGUAAAGAAUUCUCAUUAUAAAGAACAUAUUAUGCGAUCUAUUACGGAGAGUGGUGGUAGAAGACGCCAGACACGAGAAAAACGAAAGAAAUCGUUACCAGUAAGAAAACUACUUGAACUUGAACGAGCUCAACACGAAUUCAAAAAUGGCGAAGGUAACGGUGUUCCCAUGGGAAAACCAAUUAGGGAUUUCGGCGCUGGUAGCCGUAUUACUUGCGAGAAAUGUGGAGAUAAAAUAGAGACUGCUGUAUUUGUAGAGCAUAUUCGUCAAUGCAUUGGAUCACCAAUGUCAAACACCCAAAGGAAUUUUCUGAAAAGUGCUCUUCUUUCUAAUAAUAUUAUUCCACCUGAUGUCCCCGGCCACAUCACCCCCACUAGUCGCGAUGGUCGAAAAAGUAUUAACGAGGAAAUUCCAUCUCCUGGUUCAGCUCAUCAUCGUUCCCCAUCUUCGGUCAAUGAUUCUUCUCCCAGUUCCAAAGAUCAUAAUGCCAGCAACGACAAAAGUUCGUCGCCAUCGGUGCUUAAUGCUAUAGAACAAUUAAUAGAAAAAAGCUUUGAUACACGCUCCCGACAUUCAGUACCAGGCAUACCAGGGGGAGCUUCACAUGCUCCAAUCGGGUCAAGUAUCCUAAAGAGGUUAGGAAUAGAUGAAAGCGUAGACUAUACUAAACCGUUAGUAGAUCCCCAGACGAUGAGUAUGCUCAGAAGUUACCAUCAUCAACAAGGAUACGGUCGCCGUGAACGCAGCGGCAGUGAGUCUAGUUCUAUGUCAGAAAGGGGCGGUAGUAGAGUUGAAUCUCUAACCCCAGACAGGAAGCUGGAUUCUUACCACAUGACGCCUCGUACUACUCCUGAUACUCGUGGCUCUCAAACUCCGGCAUCUGAGGAACGACUCACGGAGGUUAGGAUAAAAAAAGAAGUAACCGAUGAAGAAGAACGCGAAAACGGUGUAGACUUGAGUAGCCAACCAGUGAGAGUAAAAACUGAAGUUGAGGACGAGGAAGAGCAACAAAGACCAAGCAGUGCAGUUGACGAGGACGUAAAGCCAACUGUACCAAAACGUGAAAGCGAGGGCCCAAGCCCUGCUGCUAGUCCUCGUAGUCCAGCCAGUGACCGAUCAGCGCCAACGCCCGGGACUGAAAGGAAGCCGGCUUCCAGUCUAGGAGCUCUCUCUUCUAUGUUUGAUAACCUAGCCGGCGGAGGUUCCUCAAAUGAGCCAAGUUCUUCUCGUCGCGGAGGCAGUCACCCUUUAGCAGCUUUACAAAAACUUUGCGAUAAAACGGAAACGAAUUCAUCUCGUGCUCCUGCCCCAGCCCCAUCUCCCGCCGGUCCACCCAGCAUCCUCACUUUUAGCUGGGCCUGCAACGAUGCAGUAGUGACUGACUCUAUAAUGAAGUGCGCCUUAUGUGAUACACCGUUUAUAUCAAAGGGAGCUUACCGGCAUCAUUUAUCGAAGAUGCAUUUCGUGAAGGACGGCGCCCUGCCGGAGCCUGUGCCAGUGAAGGCUCCCCCGGCCGCGCCAUCCCCAGGCCCUCACAAGAGCAGCGGAUCGAACGCAGCCUCACCUCAAGACCCGAGGAGUCCGUCUCAAUCUUUCGAUGAGAGUCCUCACUCCAAAUUCCUCAAGUAUACGGAGCUGGCGAAACAAUUAUCCAGCAAGUACGUCUAA